UGGAGGGGGCCGUCAGACUGGGAGGGACGUCGGAGGGACACAGACGCGAUAUUUUCUUUCCUUUUGAUACCGCUGGCUUUUUUUACGUGAUUUUUUUCUACCUUUAUUUAUCUAGGGACUUGUUUUCGCUGGCAUUUCAUAGUUGAGGGCUUUUUCCCUUGUAAGAAGUAGCAGCGGAGACAGGAGCAUCUCGUUAUUCCGAGGCUUCGGGAGAAACCCUCGCUUUCAAGCUCUAGGCGCAGAAGGCGCGGCGAGUCCCGCCGGCAAGGACAAAAGAGCGGCCGAGCCCCGACCCCGGCCCCGCCAGCAUGAGCAGCGCCGAGAUGGGCAAGUUCAACAUCUCGCCCGACGAGGACAGCAGCAGCUACAGCUCCAACAGCAACGACUUCAGCUACCCCUACCCCACCAAGCCGGCCGCCAUGAAGAGCCACUAUGCGGAUAUUGAUCCAGAAAACCAAAAUUUCUUGCUCGAUUCCAACCUUGGAAAGAAGAAAUAUGAAACUCAGUAUCAUCCGGGUACUACUUCCUUCGGAAUGUCAGUAUUUAAUCUGAGCAAUGCUAUUGUGGGUAGUGGCAUCCUUGGUCUUUCUUUUGCCAUGGCUAACACUGGAAUUGCUCUUUUUGUGAUACUCCUACUGUUUGUCUCGAUAUUUUCUUUGUAUUCAGUGCAUCUUCUUUUGAAGACUGCCAAUGAAGGAGGAUCUUUAUUGUAUGAACAGUUGGGAAUGAAGGCUUUUGGUAUGGCUGGAAAACUUGCUGCUUCCGGAUCAAUUACAAUGCAGAACAUUGGAGCUAUGUCAAGCUACCUCUUCAUAGUGAAAUAUGAGUUACCAUUGGUCAUCAAGACAUUUAUGAACAUCGAAGAGACCACAGGAGAGUGGUAUCUCAAUGGUGACUAUUUAGUGCUGCUGGUGUCUCUCAUCCUCAUUCUUCCCCUGUCCCUACUGAAAAAUCUAGGGUAUUUGGGCUAUACCAGUGGUUUUUCCUUACUUUGCAUGGUCUUCUUUCUGAUUGUUGUAAUUUGGAAGAUGUUUCAGAUUCCUUGUCCUAUGGACAGUGUCAUCAUGAACAUGACAUUAAUUAAUGCAACAGUGGCACCUUUGGUACAUGAAAAUAUAACAACUGAUGAUAUGUGCAAGCCAAAAUAUUUCAUCUUCAAUUCACAGACUGUUUAUGCUGUCCCAAUCCUAACAUUUUCUUUUGUCUGCCAUCCUGCAAUUCUUCCUAUUUAUGAAGAACUGAAAAGCCGAAGCCGUAAAAGAAUGAUGAAUGUGUCCUAUGUAUCUUUUUUUGCCAUGUUCCUCAUGUAUUUAUUGGCUGCUCUCUUUGGAUACUUGACGUUUUAUGGAAAAGUCGAACCAGAACUGCUUCACACCUACUCUGCUUAUCUGGGUGCUGAUGUUCUCCUCCUUAUUGUGCGUCUCGCUGUACUUAUGGCUGUAACCCUCACUGUACCUGUAGUUAUCUUCCCAAUCCGCAGUUCCAUUACCCAGCUGCUGUGGGCAGGGAAGGAGUUCAGCUGGUGGCGUCACUGUUCCAUUACCAUUUCUCUUCUGGCAUUUACCAACGUGCUCGUUAUCUUUGUCCCUACUAUUCGAGACAUCUUUGGAUUCAUUGGUAAGCACUUUCUUCUCAGAUCAAGCAAUCUUCCACAUUUCAGAAAAAGCAGUUCCAGUCUAAUUAGAGUAUGUUUACCUGUUUAUGAAUAUUUAUUUCUGUGCUUUUUCUCUACAGGUGCUUCUGCAGCUGCCAUGCUGAUCUUUAUACUUCCUUCUGCCUUCUAUAUCAAAUUAGUGAAGAAGGAACCAAUGAAGUCAGUGCAAAAGAUUGGGGCUUCCUUCUUCUUUCUAAGUGGUAUACUUGUGAUGACUGGGUGUAUGACACUGAUUAUUCUAGACUGGACCCAGAAUGUUACAUCUGAUGGCCAUUAACUGCCCUGGUUUAAUCUCUGUAAUACUCUACUUCAAAUGCCAGUGUUCACUCAGAUACCUACUGAGAACGAAAAUGUGCUAUUCAGCUUCCUUUAAAAGGCAGAUUCUUUGUUGAUGGUUCUUCUGAUUGUAGAAUAUCUGAACUCUGUCUUUAAGAAACUAUUCUGCAUGAUGGAAGUGGAUAUUAACAUCAGACCACGUGAGUGUCUGGCUGAAGGAAGUGACAACUUUAUUCCAUUCCAGAGAAUGGACAGAACUCUCUGUAGACUUUUAUCAAGCCAUGUUUGGCUUUCAUCAUUGUUACUUGGAUAUUUUGUUAUUUUACUUGAAUGUGCCUAAUGGAACCAUUUGAUGUGAGAAAGAACUCUUUAAUUUACAGCACAGUGUUUAAAUAACCAAUGAGAGAGCGAGAGAAAGAGAGAAACGCUAUUAUUUUUUUGUACCAAAAAUUCUUAUAGACCUCAAAAGCACUAUUUUGACUUUGAGAAACAUUUUUCUAAAAAGAAGGAAAAA